CAAAGAAUUGGAAGUGCUGGCUCGUCUCCAAAGAGACGCAGCGACAAGAAUAAUAAUAGGACGACGAAAUCAAAGACAGGUCACACUCAGUCAGGGAUGACACCCGACUCGGACGAGAUGAUUCCGGGUGAGGUCAGGUCAAUAUCAAAGCUGGUGGACUUUACCAAACAUGAGCGCAACUGGCUGAUAGCCAACCUCAAACUGUCGACUCAACUGAUCGAUCACAAUAUACAGGUGCUGCUCAAUGUGCUCAAUUUCCUCUCGCGCAAGGAGGGAAUAUUCUACCGCUACACCCCGCGCAUGCGCGGAGACUACGAUCGCAUAUUCAUCGAACCUGGCAAACAUUACACGUUCCCCGAUCAAGAGAGCUUGGCGAUGGCACACAUCAUGGUCGUCGAGGCCGAGGACCCCGCCAAGCUCUUCCGGUUGGGGGAGAGCCGUGAGAUCCGUGGCGCCUACGGAACAGUUUACCAGGUGUUCUAUCACAACUCGCAUGCCUAUCACAAUCUGGAGAUGGCUCUCAAGAAGAUGGACCAUCGUUCGGAGCGCAGUCGCCGCAACAAUUUGAACGAGAUCGCACUGAUGCGCUACUUCAAGCAUCCCAACAUUGUAUCAUAUAUCAACAGCUACGAGAUGAACGACGAGGAGAUCUGGAUGCUGAUGGAGUACAUGGACGGCGGCACCAUCCAGGAGGCCAUCCAGAACUUCUCGUUCACCGAGAAGUACGUGGCCUACAUCCUCAAACAGAUCCUGCACGCACUAGAGUAUCUCCAUUCGCUGAGAAUAGCACAUCGUGACCUCAAGUCUGCCAACAUCAUGAUCAACAGCAAGGCCGAAGUCAAGUUGGUUGACUUUGGAUUCUCGAUAGACUUGACAGAUCUUGGCGCGGAUAUACACAUGUGUGGCUCACCUUACUGGAUGUCACCCGAGAUGAUCCAGGAGAAGCCACACGACACAUUGGUGGAUAUUUGGAGUCUGGGCAUUGUGGCGGCCGAGAUGAUGAAGGGCGUCGUGCCACACCACCGCUCCAAGAUCAGGGCGAUGUUCCUGAGCGCCACCACCGGCAUUAGCUUCUCACGAGAGAAGAAGUACAGUUCACACUGGUCGAACGAGUUGUUUGACUUUCUGGCUUGCUGUCUCCAGUUGGAGCCCUGCAAGCGACACACCGCCAGCGAGCUUCUCAAGCAUCCCUUCAUCAACAAUGCUGCCACCAAGGCAGAGAUGCUUGAGAUCCUGCCUCUGCUAUUCAUGUCCAAAACCAUUUCAAGGUAUUCC